AUGUCAUUGUCCGAAAAGGAGAUUAGUGUCGGCUUCAUCGGAUAUCCGAACGUUGGGAAGUCAUCGAUAGUGAAUACAUUGCGAAAGAAAAAAGUAUGCAAGACAGCACCGAUAGCAGGAGAGACGAAGGUUUGGCAAUAUGUCAUGCUCAUGCGUCGGAUUUAUAUGAUCGAUUGCCCUGGAGUGGUAUAUCCUCAGGGAGAUUCGGAGACCCAAAUCAUUCUCAAGGGAGUGGUUCGUGUUGAAAACGUGAAAGAUCCGGAGAAUCAUGUGCAAGGUGUGCUAGACCGCGUGAAACCUGAGCAUUUGAUGAAACAUUAUGGGAUUGACGAGUGGACGGAUGCUGAAGACUUCAUGACGAAAAUUGCUGUGAAGCAGGGCCGUCUUCUGAAGGGUGGAGAGCCCGACAUCACAGCAAUAGCGAAAUCGGUCUUGAAUGAUUUCCAACGAGGCAAACUACCUUAUUUUGUUGUGCCACCAGGCUGUGAAGAACGAGCUAAGAAAGAGUUUGAUCAGGCACCCAUUAACGAGACCAGUGCUGAUGACGAUGAACUGCCUUUUGGUACGAAAAGUGAAUUAGGGGACGAUGAGGAGGAACCAGAAAGCAAUUGUUCAGCAGAGCCAGACGGCACUGUACAAACGGAAGAAAUGGAUGAGGACGACGAAUUGACCGAUGUAGGCUCGUUGUGCUCCGGACUUUCUGAUUUGUCUGGAGUAAGCGAUUUGGAGGAGGAUCUCGAAGCUAUGCACUCUGAUGAUCAAGAGGAAAAGGUUUGCCUCUGUUUCUACCCUUCACUUCAUGUGAAUCCGGAUGCAUUUUGUCUGCAGGAGAAAGAAGCUCAUGAAAAAGCAGAGAGUAAAGAAAAGCGAGGCAGAGGUGUACGUGCUGGGAAGAAACACACCAAAAAGAGGCGGAUAGGUGGUAAAUCGAUCGUUGAGGCAGCAGCUGGGUCAUCAAAAGCAACUGGUGUUGUUGAGUUUGGAACGAAAAAAGCCAACAGCAAGAGGGACAACUCCUGGCGAAGAAAGCUACAGAAAAAACAAAAGGUGAAACAUCAACAGUAG